AUGAGUGUGUAUAGCAUGAUGAAUCCGAGUUUAGUUCUUUUAAUGUUGGGUAUGAUCUGUGUGACCACUGCUUCAAGUGAUAUAGAGAUGGUCUUUUCUCUAAGAAAGAGCCUAAUCCGAAGAAAAAAUACAAUUCCUAGCUGGUUUAACACGGAUACACCCGUCUGCAACUUGAAAGGUGUGGAAUGUGGAGGAUCGAAAGUUGUUCUUGGGCUUAAGCUACCUUGUAGCUCUUCAGCGCUAAAGCUUCCAAUUCCUAGUAGCAUAGGGGAGCUAAAACAUCUGAAGUUUCUUAAUCUCAGUCAGUGUGGGUUGGUGGGUGUCAUUCCUGCAAAUAUAUGGAGCCUUGAGGAGCUCCAGAUUCUGGACCUGAGUCACAAUAAACUGUCUGGAACUCUGCCUUCAACAGUGUCCAGCCUGAAAAGUCUCAGGUAUCUUGUACUUGAUGAUAACAACUUUUCUAGUCACUUGCCUUCGACUAUUGGCCUUUUAAGUGAUCUUAUUGAGCUGUCGGUUAGUACCAAUCUUUUCUCUGGGAAUCUUCCUCCAGAACUUGGAAACCUUUCGAAAUUGGAGUCUCUUGAUCUUAGUAAAAACUCUUUCUCUGGUGCCCUCCCUUCAAGUUUGGGUGACCUUGCUAGUCUCUUAUUCUUUGAUGCUAAUUGCAACGACUUUAGUGGUCCUAUCUUUUCUGGGUUUGAAAAGUUAACAAGCCUUAAGAAGAUUGAUCUCUCUACAAACUCCAUAAGUGGACCCAUACCAAAGAAUAUAGGGAAACUGAAGAACCUAACUUCAAUAAACUUGGUGAACAACAGCAUCAGUGGAGUAAUUCCAUCCUCUAUUGGCAAACUCAGGGCGCUUCGUGAGCUCAAAGUCAACAAAUGCAAGCUUACAGGUGCCAUACCCCAUAAAUUAACUGAACUAUCUAACUUGGCUUGCUUGGAUAUUGGACAAAACUCGUUUGUGGGAGAGUUGCCAGCAAACAUUGGAAAUAUGACCCAUUUAUGGAGCUUGCUCGCUGCAAAUGCUGGGUUGAGUGGGAGCAUCCUUGGACAGCUGGGCAACUGUAAGAGCCUUGAGGUUUUAGACCUUUCCCGCAACUCUUUCUCUGGUCCUUUGCCAGAUGGUCUUGCGGGGAUGGAAUCAAUUAAAACUCUGAAGCUUAUUUCCAACCGCUUAACAGGGAUGAUCCCUAGUUGGAUUUCAAACUGGAAGCAAGUGGAAUCUAUAACGAUGGCUGAUAACCUCUUCACAGGGUCUAUGCCGUCACUCAAUCUGCAGAAUCUAAGAUCGCUCGACAUGAGUUCUAACAUGCUUUCUGGUGAGUUGUCUUCAGAAAUAUGGAAUGUGAAGUCGAUAGAAAAUUUGUCAUUGGCAAACAAUAACUUCACUGGAAGCAUUGAGAAGACCUUCAGGAACUGUGGUGGCCUGACAGAAUUAAUAUUGUUUGGAAACAAUCUUUCUGGUGAGUUACCUGAUUACUUAGGUAAUCUCCCUCUGACCACCCUAGUAUUGUCAAAAAACAGAUUUCAUGGAAAGAUUCCUGAUCAGCUAUGGGAGUCGAAAUCUCUUGAGGCAAUAGCUCUUGAUAAUAACUUUCUUUCUGGAAAGAUUUCUCCAGCUCUAGCUAAGGUUCAGACAUUGCAGAGACUGGAAUUAGGUGAUAAUUUUUUUAAAGGGACCAUCCCAGCUUCCAUUGGUGAGUUGAGGAACCUCACCAACCUUUCUCUGCGCGAUAACCAGUUGACAGGAGAGAUCCCUAAGGAACUUUUCAACUGUACAGGCCUAUUAUCCUUGGAUCUUGGUUCAAACAACCUUAUUGGUCAUAUUCCAAAGUCCAUUUCAAGAUUGAAAUUGCUGGAUAAUUUGGUAUUAUCCUGGAAUAACUUCUCUGGUCUCAUACCUGAAGAGAUAUGCUCUGGAUUCCAAGAGAUGCCCUUGCCAGAUUCCGGGUACACUCAGCAUUAUGGUAUGCUUGAUCUCUCCCACAACAAGUUUGCGGGUCCAAUUCCUGCAUCAAUUGGUCACUGCUUUAUAAUCAGGGAACUGUUAUUAAACAACAAUGAGCUAAAUGGCAUCAUUCCUGUUGAGUUAUUUGGUCUUUCCUACAUGACCACCCUGAAUUUGUCUUCCAAUCAUUUAGCUGGUCCAGCCAUACCCAAAAAUUUCACGUUGAAGAGUCUUCAGGGCCUUAUUAUUUCCCACAAUAUGCUUUCUGGUGCUAUUCCUGAUAACAUGGCCUCAUUAAUGCCUCGUUUAGCUGAGCUGGAUAUAUCAUGGAAUUUUCUCAGUGGUUCACUGCCGCCAUCCGUGCUCAGCAUUGAAAGACUGUUCUACCUGGAUAUCAGUGCAAAUUCUCUUUCGGGGACCAUACCUUGUCACUUUGCAUCUCCCAGUUCGCUUGUUCAUCUAAAUGCUAGCAGUAACCAAUUUUCUGGCCCCCUUUGUGACUCUCUUUCAAACCUAACUGCCCUCUCCUAUCUUGACCUGCACAGCAAUGCUUUGACAGGAAACCUUCCACCCUCAAUAUCAAACCUUGCUUCUUUGACAUAUCUAGAUCUUUCUAGUAACAAUUUUGAAAGCUAUGUUCCAUGCACCAUCUGUGGCAUUGAAGGUCUCUCCUUCAUCAAUCUCUCUGCCAACAAAUUCCUGGGAUUUGUGCCCAAGUCUUGCACUGAGCAUACUGGAUCAUGCUUAGCUUCUGCCCAUCGACCAAAUAAGACCCGUGUUUGGGAUGCCAUGAUUGGGGCUAUAGUCUUUGUCCUUGUUGUUCUAGUCAUCUAUCUGGGUAAACAAUGGAUAUUGAAGCGAAAUGCGUCACUUCUUGACAGUGGAAGGGUUGGACUUGUAACAACGGUUGAGCGAGGUAUCAAUGAGCCAUUAAGCAUUAAUCUUGGUACAUUUGGCCUUUCUCUCACCCGCUUUGAUCAUGGAGAAAUAUUAUCGGCCACUGAAAAUUUCAGCAAGACACAUAGAAUUGGUGCUGGCGGUGUCGGUACAGUGUAUAAGGCAUCCCUUCUGGAGGGGCGAAGCCGGCGAACUAUGGCUAUCAAGCGGCUUGAUAAAGGACACUUUCAAGAUGAUCGACAGUUUCUAGCUGAGUUGGAGACUAUUGGAAAGGUUCAACACAGAAACUUGGUUCCAUUAGUUGGGUACUGUGUCUUUGCUGAGGAAAGGUUUUUAGUAUAUGAAUACAUGGAGAACGGGAGUCUUGAUGAGUGGUUGUGGAACCGAGAUCCUGGGGUGGAAGCCCUAGAUUGGCCCACCCGCUUCAAGAUCUGUUUGGCGACUGCCCAGGGCAUUGCCUUUCUGCAUCAUGGGUUUGUGCCUCACAUCAUUCACAGGGACAUUAAGUCCAGCAACAUACUACUAGAUCACAACUUUGAGCCCAAAGUCUCAGACUUUGGACUGGCCAGAAUAAUAAGUGAUUAUGAGAGCCAUUACAGCACCAUUCUCUCUGGCACAUUAGGUUAUAUUCCUCCCGAGUAUGGGCAGUCAAUGGUGGCGACAACAAAAGGGGACGUAUACAGCUUCGGAGUGGUGAUGCUGGAGCUGGUGACUGGCAGGGCACCAACUGGACAGGCUGAUUGUGAGGGUGGUAAUUUGGUAGGUUGGGUUCGUUUGAUGUUGGCCAAUCAGAUAGAAGAUGAGCUGCUUGAUUCGUUUGUUCCACCAAUGUGGAGGCAUCAGAUGUUGAAGAUCAUCAGUAUAGCUCAAAUGUGCACCAAUGAUAAACCUACAACAAGGCCUGAGAUGCAUCAAGUAGUACAGUUAUUGCAUGAAAUAGGAGAGUAA